CACAGCGCUGGUAAAAAUCAUGGCAGACACUUCUAGUAUGCUAUGAUAUCAAAUUCAGAGAAGUUUACUUCAAUAUUAAUAAACAUAAUUAAUUUAUAAUAAAUAAUCACAAAAAAUGUCUACCAAAAGACAUGGAUUAUCAAAAGAAGAAAUUGCCAAACAGUUUAUGUUACCAGAGAGAAAAAGUAAAAUAGCAACACUUUUGAAACAAGAUGGUCAAGCUUAUUGUAUUUGUCGAAGUUCUGACAGUUCACGAUUCAUGAUUGGCUGUGAUGCUUGUGAAGAAUGGUAUCAUGGAGAUUGUAUAAAUAUUACAGAAAAAGAAGCUAGAUACAUUAAACAAUUUUUUUGUGUGCGUUGUAGAGAAGAAGAUUCAUCAUUAAUAACUCGAUACAAACCUCGGAAAACUGAUCAAGAAGAACGAAAAUAUAAAAAGUAUAAAGAAAAGGAGCGUGUUCAUCGUUAUGAAAAUGAUGAAUCUUGGGAUCCGAUAAAAAAAUCAUCAAAACGGUGUGGUGAAUGUAAUGGAUGCUUAAGAACUGAAAAUUGUGGUAAAUGUGACCCUUGCAGGCAUUUGAAAAAAUUCGGGCCAUCUGCAAGAUUAAAAUUACGUUGCAUUCAACGGACAUGUCGAACAGUUGGAAUAAAUCCUUUAAAAUCAUCUAAAAACUUCAAUAGAUUUGAUAAACCAAGCAAAAAGCGUAAAAGAGACUCUAGUAAUGAACGAAUUGAUCAUUUAGAGCCUCCUAGACAGUGUUAUGGACCCGCUUGUAUAAAACAAUCAAGAUUAGGCAGUAAAUAUUGUUCAGAUGAAUGUGGGUUAAAAUUAGCAACAAAUAGAAUUUAUCAAGUUUUACCUCAGAGAAUUCAAGAGUGGUCACUGACAACUUGUGUUGCUGAACAAAAUAACAGAAGAGCUCUAGAGAGUGUUAGAAAACAACAAAACGAUGUCAGAAGAAUAUUACAAGAAUUAGAUAAAAGACAUUUAGAAUUAGAUAGGAUUAUUGAGAGAGCAAAAAAUGCUUCGAUUGAUCCCAACUCAGAGGUUGAUGAAAAUGAUGAUACAGAAAUGAGUAUGUAUUGUAUUACAUGUGGACACGAAAUACAUUCUAGAACUGCUAUUAAACAUAUGGAAAAAUGUUUUAAUAAGUAUGAAUCUCAAGCAUCUUUUGGUUCUAUUUUCAAGACUCGUAUUGAAGGUCAAGUCAUGUUUUGUGAUUUUUACAAUCCAGUGAACCGCACGUACUGCAAACGUCUUCGUGUUUUAUGCCCAGAACAUUGCAAAGAUCCUAAAAUAAGUGAUACUGAAGUGUGCGGUUGUCCUCUAGUUACCAAUGUGUUUGAUAUGACUGGUGAAUUUUGUCGUGCUCCUAAAAAGAGCUGUGUUAAACACUACGUCUGGGAAAAAUUAAGAAGAGCAGAAAUUGACAUGGAAAGAGUUAGACAAUGGUUGAAAAUUGAUGAAUUGGUUGAGCAAGAGAGACAAAUCAGAUCUAGUAUGGCCACUCGUGCUGGAGUUUUAGCUUUAAUGUUACAUUCGACUUAUAAUCAUGAGCUAAUGGAGCAAAUGACUAAAGAACAGACUCGUGAACAACUUGAAGCAAUGGAAAAAGAGUUACAGAGAAGAUAUAGCCAAUUUCAUCAGCGGAAACAGCAAAAAAUUGAUUAAGUUAUUUAUCAAAGAAUUCAAUCAUUGUAUUAUGAAACAAUAAAUUAAAUAUUUUAUUUAAUAAAA